AAGAUAAGUCGAUAUUCCCUGAUCCCGUUCGGAGUUCGGACACACGCACCAGUCUCUCGCCACAAACAGAAAUCCAACCAACAACGCUCCCUCUGUGCUAUCGUCGACCGUCGCCGCCGCCUAUGGUUGGGCCUUGACCGGAACCCUUCCCCAACGAAGAAACCCAUCAUGGCAGUUUCCUUGAAUUCAGUCAUUGGGUUCAACGCCACGCUGCAAGCCAAGCAUCGGCAGCAUGACUUUAGAUCCCCAGCCAUGUCUUUGCCCGCAUUCUCACACCCGUUCGCCACAUUUCGCUCCACAUCAAAGCUACAACGCUCGGUUCCAUGGGUUGCAGAUAGCGAUCGAGCUACCACCGACACCAACCAACUCAAUCCAGUCGUCCCCAUUGAGCAAUUGAAAGCCUCCCCUGAAGAAGGUCAACCACCAGCACCAGCACCAGCACCGCCGCAACCAAGGCCCAAAAGAUCAUCACCACUAACAGCUAGGGAGAGAUUGAAGGCCGCUCGAGUCCUCAGUCGAUACCCGGAAAAGAAGCCAACCAAGCCAGACAUGGGGAAGAAAGUGCUUGAUGCUUUGAGGGAGAGUGAUAAGGGCAAGAAGAGAUCAAGACUCCCUGAAGCACCAACCAACAUGUUGGAUGAUGCCAAGAGAGGGAUGCCGAACCCGGGAUGGACGUUUGACUUCCCGGGGGGUAAUGAUCUGCUGGUCAUUGCCUUCUCGUUUGUGUUCAUCAGCAGCGUCAUGUUUGCUACCACUUUCGUUGUCUGGAAAGUUGGUGCCAUCCACUUUAACGAGUUUUGAGUGAUUUACUAAUAGUUUCAGGUGCUGUAGAUGGGUUAUAUUGAUUUUACAUGGUCUGGAAACUUUCAAGCUUCUUGUGUUGUUAUUACUUAUUAGACAGAAUCAUACGGACGUGGAAUGAAUGUGUACAAAGAGUUGCUUGAUGAAGAUGGGUAAAAUAUAUGGGACAUCAACACUUGCCUUGCUUGCAUGGUGUAGCUCUUUCCUCUGUGCUUUUUGCUUCUCUUGGAUCUUCAUUUGGCACUGAGAGCAUGUUAAUGCUACUUCAUUUUUGUAG